CAGUAGACAACCUCCACCCAAGUGGCCAAGGCAGUGCUGACCUUCGUCCACGUAGCCAAUGCAGUCCUGACCUUUACUCACAUGGCCAUAGCAGUCCUGAUGUUAGCCCACAUGGCCAAAGCAGUCCUCACCUUCAUCCACAUGGCCAAAAGAGUCCUGACCUUCACCCAAGUUGCUACUACAGUCCUGACUUGUAUGCAGAUGGCCACAGCACUCCUGAGAUCCACUCAAGUCAGCAGACCAGCACUACUAUGCUAUCCUCAGGCUGGCAUGGUCUCUCUGAGAGCCAUUCAUCAAGUAAAUCAAGCACUGAGACACUAUUAAGGCAUGCUAACGUUGAGGUCAGAAGACCAGCCCACAAAAGUAAGGAGGUCCAUAAAAAAAGGCACUCUGAACCUUCAAGGCACCCUGAGCAACACCACACCAGGGACAUUCAACAAACAUCCAGCCUCCAAAUUUUCCUUCUUCGUAAUAUACUAACAAAACAGGAAAUGCUGGUGGACCAACAGAGAAUUAUCUUUAAAACUCUCCAGUCUAUGCAAUCAAGUCAGGAGACGGAGAUAGGCCUGGAUCGAAAUUUGUUGCCACUCAAAGAUCUCGGUUCUCUUCAGAACAUGGAGGACAAUCUGCGGAGUACUCCUGAACUUCAUAAACAAUUGGUUAACACACUGGCUCUUAAAGGUGGGACGGAUGUUCAGGAGUGUGUUUGGAGAAUCAUGCAUGGGCUGUUUACGAACUCCUUGGCGAGGAAAGUCAAUAUGAGAGGAGUGAAUGGAAAGAUUGGCUUUCUACGCCUACAGAUACGAGAUGUUGUGAUUGCAGCUGUGAGGCGUAACCGUCUGACAUCUGAGGCCACAGAAAAAGAAAUUAAUGCCACCAUUAAAAGAUGGAUAUAUCUGGCCCCAGACAGAGAUGGUGGCCGAAAAGAGAGGAUGAAGAACAAAGUGCGUGAGGAUAGUACGACUGGUUAGGAAUGGAUGUUCAAAAGCUCUGUCCAGAGUGCAACUUGUUCCUUGACAGAAUCAUGAAUGUUUUUGAACUCAUUUGAAGCGUGCUACUUGUUUCUGACCAUAAACGUAGACGCUAAAGUGUUAUGUGAAGUGAAACUUGUUGAUGACUAGAAAUACGGAUGUUCAAGUGUUAUAUGUAGAGUAAAUAUUGUUCCUGAAAAGAAACAUGGACGUUCAAGCGUUAUACAUUGAGUACAUCUUGUUCCUGACCAGAAACAUGGAUGUCCAAGUGUUACAUUUAAAGUGAAACUUCAUGAACAAAAACAUGGCACUGAACUUCUACUUGUUUUAUUUUUGUUUUUAUUUUUAUUGCAAAACUG